AUGAAUAUCUUUCGAUUUUCUGGUGAUAUGCUUCACCUCACCAGCAUCAUGCUGCUGGUCUUCAAGCUCCAUCGCAGCAAGAGCUGUGUCGGCGUCUCUUGCAGGAUGCAGGAGAUCUAUGCCGUGGUCUUCAUUUGUCGCUACCUUGACCUGCUGUGGAGCUUCAUUUCUGUCUACAACACGGUCAUGAAGAUCACCUAUAUCACGACAACGUGCUAUUUGAUUUACUUGAUGCGUUUGAAGACGCCAAUCUGCCAGACCUACGAGAGAAGCACAGAUUCCUUCCAGUAUGAGCUCUAUUUGCUUGGCCCAGCAUUAGUUCUCGGGCUCAUUUGCACAGAGGAAUACACCAUCCCGGACAUCCUGUGGUCCUCCUCAAUUUGGCUCGAAAGUGUGGCCAUCAUUCCGCAGCUCGUCUUGCUCCAACAGAUCCGAGAAGUGGAGAAUCUCACCUCUGACUUCGUAGGCUGCAUGGGUGCAUACCGUGCUUUCUACAUAUUGAACUGGAUUUAUCGGUACUUUGCAGAGGACUACGUGAAUGUUGUUGGCUGGAUCGGUGGGCUCUUGCAAACUGGCCUCUACUGCGACUUCUUCUAUUACUAUGCCAAGAGCAAGUGGUAUGGUAGUAAGCUGGUGCUACCUGUCGCAUCCUGA